CUUGAUAUUCUGAUAUCUUUUUAGCGAAAGAGGGAGGCAAGAUGAAGCUCUUGGCUGUGCUCCUCUUCAUCUCCCAGCUGUUAUACAUUAAUGCGCUUUUACCAACUCAUAUUGUGCCGACAGUACCUCCAAUCCCUAUUGACUGCGAUAAUUUGGAACUUCAAGUUGCUGUGGAUUUCACACUACGUAAAUUCAACACUAAGGGUACAACAGGUCAUAAAUAUGGUUUGCACCGAAUUACUUAUGCUACUGAACAGGUGCCCUGAGACCAUGCAAGUCAAACCCCUGGCGGAAUUCUUUUAUCCACAGAGAACAAUUGGGAGUCGAUAUUUCAUAAAAUUUGAUAUCCAGGAAUCUGACUGCCUUGUAGGAAGCAAGAAAUCCUGGAAAGACUGUGGCUACAGAACCUCUGAAAAUACUACUAAUGGUCAAUGUGAAUCUAAUGUGUACAUCAACAACCAUAGUAUUGUGGAAGUGACAUCUUACAAAUGCACCCUUAAACCUGUUAGCAAUCGACAAUUUGGACAGAGAGCAUCUUUUCCUGGGGGCAAAACACUUGUACCACAUGAUGACCCUAAGAUACAAGAGCUACUUCAUUCCUCUGUUACAAAGAUCAACAAUGAGAGUAACUCUUCUCAUCUUUUUGUACCUGGCACUAUAUACACAGCUGUUAAACAGGUGGUGUCUGGAAUGUUAUUCAUGAUAUCGUUUGCUAUCCAUGAAACUGGAUGCACCAAAAAUUCCACAAUCGUACCAAAAGACUGCCCCGUGCAACAGGAUAGGCUCAAGACACUGUAUUGUAAGUCGACUCUGCAUAGUAGACCUUGGUUGAAUGCUCGAACGCUAAGUGUAUCUUGCGGUGAUGAAAUGAUUGACAUAAUACCCAAAAAACAGGAAUUCCAAAUAUCUCCAGGAAUGGGGGCAAUCAGGGGUGCUUCUGUUGAGGCUACACCUGGAGAACAAGUCGUCAAGACGCCUAUAGGCACUGAUGCGCCUUCACAAAUGCCUGAUUUACCAAAGCAGCAGCUCAGAGACCUUCCAGAGUCAAAGAUCAUCAAUUGUCCAGGACAACCUUGGAAGCCCUUGAGGCAACCAAGCCUUGCUAUUCCUCCAACCACAAGUUCCUGAAAGUGAGACUAACGUUUGUAUGAAAGUAAAUUAAAAGGAGGUGAAGUAUUGCCAGCCUGAUAUGCUAGCA